GAUCGUAAGCCCCGUUCAGUUAGCCCAAUCGGGCCACGUGAAUAACUGUGCAAUCGGCCAAGUCCACUCCGGCGUUGAAUCCAUAAGGCUCCACACCCGUCUCAGCCCAUUCGCACAAGUGCAAAUCGGAUUCCACGCUCGAAGCUCACUCGUUUCCGAGCCCGCAUCUCUGCAAUGUAACGGCCCGGGGACUUUCCUGGGUAAGGCCCUGACCAAAGUCAGAGCCGGAACCCGUUCACGUCGUCUUGUGGCCCGUGUUGGAGUAUAACUCUGACCAUUUCAUUUAAAUACAGAAAGUUCUCUUUCUGGAUUUCCGAUGUGGGAUGCUCAGCGCAUAAGUGGGCCUUCUGUACUUCACUUCCCAAACACGAGCACAAAGAAGUUAGGAGAGAGAGAGAGAGAGAGAAUGCUGAAGUUCCUGUCGAAGGUCCGAAUUGAAUUCAACGCACUGGACCCACGCACGGCGGCGUGCAUGGAGUUCCUGGCCCAGUGCAACGCGCGGAAGGCCAAGGAAUCGAACCCGUCGUGUCAGCUCCUGGUCAAGCGGCGCACCGACGACCACCCGCCGCAGAUCACGGUCACGUUCGUCAACGGCGUCGAGGAGGUCUUCGACGCCACUUCCACCCCGGCCCAGAGCAUCAGGGCCAUGAUCCUGGAGAAGGGUCAGAUGCUCGAGACCGAGCAGAUGUUUCGCGACGCCGGCGAGAAGUGGCCCGUUGUUAUUCCGGAGGAGGAGAUUCACCACCACGCCCCUGGGACUAAGCCAAGGAAAGCGGAAGAUAAGAAGCAGUGACUGUAUCUCAUCUCAUCAGAAUUCUUGCUGGAUCAUUUGAUAGCCUCAGAUUGACAAAUGGAAUUAAACAGUUCAAACAUUUUCUGUUGAGAAAAUUAUCAGAUGGACAUGAUUUAGAGGGUCGAUGUAGUCUUAUGAAGCUGCAGUAAAUGUGUUGCUUCAGUUUGGAGCAGAGUGUAUCAGUUACUUUUUUGUCCUUGUGAUUUUACCUUCGCCUUUAUCUGAUUAUGACUUGUGAGGAUAUUAGGUUUGAGAACAAAGUUGUUAAAAGUUGGUGAACUUUUGUUACCGAGGAAAUUGCACUAGCAGUUUAGCA